CUAAGAUAUAUGUGAGUGUAGCAGCAAUGACCAUUAUUACUCCCAGUUCCCACUGUGGGAGAUCAUACACAAAUACACAUUCACACUUUAUUACACAGGACAUUAUGUCGUUCACAAUGUCAACUUUUUGAGCUCUAAAGCUGACAAGAACAUUUUAACAUCUUUACCCGAGACUUUGACAUUGUGCCAAUCAAUAAUGCAUUUAUCAUACAUUAUUUUGUGUCAAUAGUCGUAAUAUUUAGCAUAUAAAAAUAAAAUAGCACAUCCUCUGUAACCUUCAUCAUCUUCAGGACAGGAUCGAUGGGCUGCUGUUCUGUCGCAUCAGGCGCUCAAACGGCCAAUAAUCGCGACGCUCUCGCGGGAGGAGGCGCGUCUCACAGUCAGUUUCAGGAACUGAAGAGAAGAGAAAGGCGUGUUUUACUAAUAAUCAGCCGAGCAGAAAGUCCCACAGUCUCUCUGACAGCGAGCAGACGAGGAAACGGAGCGCUGCGAGACGGACGCGCUUCAGAGAGAGAGACGCGUACACCAGCGCGUUGGAUUCAUCGCACGAUCUUCUCCGUCGCUUUACUGUAACAUGACGCGUGUGUAACAGAUGAGCGUCGACGCUGUUUUAUGAUUCAUCUUUGACUCACUGGAUUGUUUCAUGGAUUCGGAUCUGAGCUGAUCGAUCACCAGCCGCGGGUUUUCCUCAGUUUAAUUCUGAGGAUUUCUGAAUGCUAAAGACCCUUCAGAAUUUGAACAGUUCUUUUAUUUUUAUUUUUUACUCCUUUCUGGACUAAAUGCAUGGGUGAAACCUUAAUCUCCGGUAGUUUCUAACCAGAUUAUGUCUUGUGAGGAAUCUGUCUUGCUGUGUCAAUGACGGGGAAGAUGGAAAUGCCCUUCUAUCACGAUGAGAGCGUUCCAAACUUUGGGCAAAUUCCAGACUAUGAUCGAUACCAAGGCCACAAGAUGAUGAACAAAAAGAACAUGGCGCACAAUUUCUCCAACAGUGUGGGAAAUAACUCGAGCCUCAAACUGUUGCAGGGACAAACCGCGAGCAACAUCAACCCAAACGGCCUCGGUAUGAGCACCAAUCCCAUGUCUUCACCAGACAUGAACCUCCUGAAGCUGUCGUCCCCGGAUCUGGAACACCUGAUUAUCCAGUCCAACCAGGGACUGGUUACUACAAGCCCGGCUCCAAACGCGUCUGCUAAUCCUUUCAUGUACAGAAACCAGGCCACAAACGAACAGGAAGGGUUUGCCGACGGCUUUGUCAAAGCUCUGGCCGAUCUACACAAACAGAACCAACUGGUCGGAGCGCCAAUGUCCCCUAGUUCAUCCAUCCAGGGAUCGUACCAGAGGAACCUGAUGUCUAGUGGCGAAAUGCCCAUUUAUACCAACUUGAGCAGCUACAACCCCAAUCAGUUAUCCUCUGCGUACGCCAGCGGGCAGAUCGCCUACACCUCUGCGGCCCACGCCUCUGCGGCCCACGCCUCUGCGGCCCACGCCUCUGCGGCCCACGCCUCUGCUCACGGGAGUCAGGGUCACCACCCUCCAGGGCGAGGUCUGGAUGCUCCUCAGACGGUGCCCGAGGUACCUCACCCUCCCGCAGGGGACCCCACCAGCUCCCCUCCGUCACUGUCGCCCAUCGAUCUGGAGACCCAGGAGAGAAUCAAGGCGGAGCGAAAGAAGUUGCGAAAUCGCAUCGCCGCCUCCAAAUGCCGCAAGAGGAAGCUGGAGCGGAUCUCGCGCCUGGAGGAGAAAGUGAAGGUGCUGAAGACGCAGAACUCAGACCUGGCCUCCACCGCCAGCAUCCUGCGUGAGCAGGUGGCCCAACUCAAACAGAAAGUGAUGAAUCACGUCACGAACGGCUGCCAGAUCGCCGUCAUCUCAACCGGAAUGGCCAAAAGUGGGGAGAGUACCAGCUGCUGAAAUGACACCACGUACUAAAGUGUGACUCUUUAUCUCUCUUUAUCUUCUGCUCACUCUCUCCCACUCAUUCUGCAUCUUGCUCGACCCCAUCUGAUGAUGAAAUGACACGUACCGCAGCAGAGACGGUGUGAGACCCAUCCUGCCUCCUCAAUGACACAUGUGAGAGAGACGUUACACCUGUCUGUCUCUCAAUCACAGACGGAACUUUGGGAACUCUUUAGGAAUGUCCUCCUUGGAAAAACCUGCAUAUACACACAAACUGGAACGUUCUUUGGACUUGAAGUUGUUCCGGUCAUUGGACACAUGAGGAAAAGGCCAAAGGGAUGCUAAUGAUGCACUGCAGUUUGGAAAAUAUUAAGGGAACAAAUAUGGAUUUGUUUUUUGGACACAAACUCAUGGUAAAUUCUAGCACUUGAAUUAUAUAUAGUUUUUUCCUCUCGUCUAGAGGAAGACUUCAUCAGCUCAGCUUGUAACCUAAUAUGUGAUUUUCCACUUGAAGGAGAAACGCAGCCUUGUUUUGCUGCAAGGUCCUUUAUGAUCAGCAUCUCAUUCUGCUGCUGGAGAACUUUAUAUUUUCGGGGUUUGUGUUUCUAGAAUGGUUGACGACAUGCACUAUUAUGUGAACAUUUCCAGAGGACCUGAAAGUGUCAUCCAGACGAAACAAACACCGGUUUGGAAUUGGUGCCCUUGUUGGAUCUGCAUUUGAAGUUGUCAGAAAAUGAGGCGAGAUUAAAUCCUGUUAUACUGGUUUAAUUUUCACCUCUAUUCUGAUGAUGUGUUUCAAGUGGAAAUCUCUUGGUUUAAUUUGUCACUUUGUCUCAAUAACAAUUUUACAGAUUUUUGUUUGUUGGCUUGUUUGUUGGUUUGAUAUUGUGCAAUUUGUGAUUACAAGAGAAAAAUAUUUUAUACCAACCAAGACUUUUAAGAAGUAUUACUGUUCAACAUUGAGACAUUGAAUACUGUAAGUGAACAGACAUUGACAAACAAAUCUUUUAAUGGUUCCUUUUUAGUUGGGAAGUUCUUGACCAUUCCGAGACCUUUUGCACUGUAAUCUCCCACCGGAGAUGCAUUUUAAUAAUGGGUUAAUAGUGUGUAUUUGCCACAAUCUAAUGAGUGUUAAUGCUGUGUAAUCCUGGAGUAACGGUGUGGUAAUGCGACUCUAAACUGCAUUUGAUGUGUUCAGAUUCAACACAAACAAGUCAAAUCUGACCUGAAAUCAGAGCGACUAGGAAAGGGCUUUUGAUCAAUAGUAUUUCUUUUUUCUUUAUUCUUUUGUAUCAAUAAUUAAGCGAAUUUAUUUAUGCAGAAUUUGUAUUUAUGUUUUCUGUGGAGAGGAGCGAUACAGGUCGGAAUACUAGUGUCUUCUUGACACAUUUUUUUUGGGAAAUACAUAAUUGCACAUAAAUGAAAAACAUUAAAUGAUGUCUAAUAUUUAUCCUCUGUGUACAGCUUGACAGUUUUAGCUAUAAUUACAUCUGUUUUAAGUAGAUACAGAAUGAAUGAAAGAAAUAGAAGAUUGUUGGUAAUGCAGAUGUCAACACUCGAUGACAAGAUUCAAAUCAGACUUGAUACAGUCACAAAACUCAUUUUACAUUUCAGUGAUUUAAAGAUCUUGUAAGAAACCUGUUAGUCUGCCAGUGUUGUGCACAGAAUUGCUGUUUAAUGCCCUUCUUAUCAUUCAUGGACAUAUAGAUUAAUCUAUUUAUAUAUCUAUAUAUCUAUAUAUAUCAAUCGGAUUGAAUUCAUAGGGAUGCCUGACACAGGUAUUAGAAUUGUCUUUGUGCAUCAAGACAAUAUUUAUUUUUUUGAAACUUGAAUAAGGGUUUUUGAUGUCACAAACGUAUUGUAUUUUUGUACUAAAUUGUUUUUGAAAGCUUCUUUUAAAAAUAGUGUGUGUACAAUACCUACUGUAUGUGCUUCAUAUACUUUUUAUCAUUCUGAAUACUUUAUUUAUUGAAGUGGUAGUGUGCUGUUAUUUUUAUGUGUCGCUGGUGAAGUGUGUGUGUGUGUGUGUGUGUGUGUGUGUGGAGUCACGUUUGCAUGUGUUUUCACACACACACCUAUUGAAGGUCCUUAAAAGUGGCUCGACGUUUUCACCACUGACAUCAGAUGUUCUGUGGCGUGUGUCUCUUCAGUCGCCUGUUGGGAUACGUGUCGUACGGAGCAGCAGCCAAUCACCGUUGUGUUUGUGUUGUUUUAUGGGUUGUGUAUCGAUUUAACUCUAAGACUGACUGUGUGCUUUUCACAAGUAUAAAGUGUCACUAUGUUCAUUUUAAAACAAAGAAACUUUGACAGACUACAAGUACAAGGUCUUUAUCUUUACCAUGUGUCAUAUAGACUGAAGUUUUUGAACAACGAAUAUAAUUUGAUAUUCAAUGAAUCCGCUUACUGUGUUUACAUAGUGUGUGCAGAAGGGCAAUGGCAGAUGAUCAGACUCGUAAAAUGAGUUCUCACCCUCAAUCUCCAAUUGGACUCACGCAAGUCUCACUUUCAUUACUGCAGAACUGAAGAGUUUCAAACGGUCCAUUCAAGUGAACAAGUAUUUUGAGUCCAAGAUGAACAUGAAGAUGGCGUGUCUUGACGUAGAACAGAUUUUGACGCAUUGUUUCUCUUAAGACUUGUGUGACCCGCGACUGAUAGGUCACGUGACUCACGGGUGACUUCCCUUGUUGUGUUAUUAGUUGGUUAAUUUGGUUCUAAUAAUCUGCACUCUUCAAAUGUUGUUCAAUGUUCCGUUGUUUUCUUUUUAUCAAAAAUAAAAGGAGUAGUUUCUGAA